AUGAGCUUGGAGAAUAUUUUAGUAGUCGAUAGGGAAAGUGUCAGGAGAGCUUGGGGAAAAACUGAUGCAGAUGUUAAAGAAUACCUGGAAAUUAUAAAAGAAUGGUUGAAAACUCAGCACCACCUUCCUGAAAUGCCCGGUGACAAUAUGAUCGAAUUUUUUCUAACUAAUUGUAAGUAUAGUGUGGAAAAAACCAAGGGAAAUUUAGAUAUGUAUUAUACAAUGAGAAAUUUGAUGCCCAGUAUGUACAGGAACAUGCACCCAUGCAAACCGCAGGAAAUCCAACCGGCAUUAAACACGGGAAUGAUUGCAGUCCUUCCGAAAUUGACGCAGGACUUGUACAGGAUAACGGUUUUAAAAUACAAAAAAUUCGAUGACGUUUCCUAUGACAUGACCAAAUUCAUGGCGCACUGUUUGAACAAUCUUUUUGAAAUUAGAAUCCACGAAGACUUGACAAUGGGGGAAAUAUUCAUAAUUUCUCACGAACAUGCGGAUUUGAACGUUUUGAGCAAACUCACGCCGGUCCUGCUCAAAAACAUAGCGCAGAUUUUAGAGAAAGUGCACUGUAAUCGAAUGAAAGCGCUGCAUUUGCUGAAUCCCCCCGCGUACGUUGAUACCAUCAUAUCGAUUUUCAAGCGAUUCCUGCCGAAGAAUCUCCAAGAGAGGAUUUUCUUCCACAAAACACUCGAGGAUUUGCACAAACACGUCCCGAGAGAAUUACUACCGGGCGAUUAUGGCGGCAAAGAAAAACCCUUGCAGGAACUUUCAGAUUUGUGGAUGAGAAAACUGGAGCAGUACAAAGAUCGUUUUGAUAAAUUGGAAAAGAUGAAAAUAGACGAAUCUCUUCGUCCGGAAAAAUUGGAGAACGACGAUAUUUUGGGUUACCAUGGAAAUUUCAAGAAAUUGAACGUCGAUUGA